CACAGACGAUAUUCCACACCACCUGCUCGCUAUACAACUACACUUCAAGACUUUUCUCCAGUUAUCUACUUACAGGAGAGAGAAGCACAGAGUGAUUUCUCGUUGUCAACUGUUGAAGACUUGCCUACAUCAAACCCUCUUAUCUAAGUUAAGAUCUGUAGGACGAUGCUAAGGAUUGCACCUUUACAGAUAGAAGGAUGGCACAGUGUGUGGAGACCUGCAGCUGCCAGUGUUGGAAGACACCCACCACCGAAUUUCAGCGUCAGGUCAACAAGUUCAGCAGCGAGUGUCUCCGUGCCAAGUGCUGCUGACACUGUCGUCAUUGGAGGUGGCGUUGCUGGGUGCAGCACUUUGUACCACCUGGCCAAACUUGGCAUCACUAAUAACGUCCUUCUCGAAGCGCACAAACUAACUGCAGGAACCACCUGGCAUACAGCUGGCAUGCUAUGGGAACUUAGAAAUAGUGACAUAGACACCGAACUCAUCCGAACGACCAGAAACCUCGUGAUGAGAUUGGAAAGCGAAACUGGUGUUAACCCAGGAUGGAUAAACAACGGUGGAUUAAUGACCGCUGAAUCGAAGGAUAGCUUGGCUGAAUAUAAACGUCUCAUAACCCUGGGAAGAGCUCUGGGCAUUGAGGCUCAUCUCCUGGAUCCGGAGGAAACAAAGAAAUUAUACCCUCUUAUGAACGUCAGUGACCUUGUUGGCUCACUUUUCACUCCAAGAGAUGGUAAUAUAGACCCAGCGGGCUACUGCCAGGCUAUGACUCGAUCAGCCAGACAAUCGGGAGCGAAAGUGAUUGAAGACUGUCCCGUUACUGACAUCAAGACUCGGGAGACCCUUCUCGGCGGGAAAAGAGUCACCGAAGUCCACACUCCCUAUGGGAUUAUCAAGACUAAUGUCGUUGUCAAUGCAACAGGCGGUUGGAGUAAUCACAUCGCCAACAUGGUGGGGGUGGAACUGCCCCUGAUGGUGCUCGAGCAUUCCUACGUCAUCACUGAACGAAUUCCGGGUAUCGAGAACAUGCCCAACGUACGAGAUACUGCGUCUUCGGCCUAUUUGAAGCUUCAGGGAGAUGCUCUGGCACUCGGUGUGUUUGAGGCCAAUCCGACCAUCGUCGAUAAGCUGGACAACCACUCCCCUUUCAAACUCUAUGAUCUUAACUGGGACACCUACAUCCCGGUUUUACGAGACUGUAGUAACAGAGUCCCCGCGCUUUUGAGCACAGGAAUCAAGUCAACAAUAUCGGGCCCAGAGACCUUCACUCCAGAUCAUAAGCCAAUUAUGGGGGAGGAUCCCAACGUGGAAGGGUUCUACCACUGCAGUGCCUUCAACAGCUCUGGUAUGAUGCUGAGUGGAGGCUGUGGACAUCAGAUGGCUCACUGGAUUGUCCAUGGAAGACCUGAGCUCGACAUGUUUUCCUACGAUAUUCGAAGGCUUUAUGCCCCGCUGCAUCGUAACAAAUCAUGGGUGACUGAAAAGUCACACGAGUCCUACUCUAAGAGGUAUUCCAUCCACUAUGUGCGCGACGAACCUUUGGCAGGAAGGGGACAGAGACUUUCACCUUUACAUAAGAUACUGGAAGAACAUGGCAGUGUAUUCCAGGAGCGCCAGGGAUGGGAGCGCCCUGGAUGGUUCAACCACUGUCCUACUCCAGUGCAACCUUACGACUGGUACGGGGCAUAUGGCACUCCUCUUAACUCAGACCAACGAUACUACAGUGCCCUGAAGUUAGAUUAUACCUUUGAUUUCCCUAAACAUCAUGACCUGCUGCAGAAGGAAUGUCUCUCCUGUCGAAAUGCUGCGGCUAUUUUUGACUUGUCCCACUUUGGCAAAUUUUACCUGAUUGGUCCUGAUGCCCAGCUGGCUGCUGACUGGAUUUUUAGCGCUAAUGUGGACAGGAAACCAGGAAUUGCAGUUUACACUUGUAUGCUCAAUCAGCAUGGAGGAGUGGAGGCAGACUUAAUAGUGAGCGUCUGCAGUGACGAUGACACCUUUGUUUCUGAUCCCCUUUUCAAAGGCAAAGGUUUCUACUUGACAGCUGGGGGUCCCGCAGCGAUCCAGAAUCUUUCGCACAUCAUGAAGGAAAUCAGAACACAUAAUUGGAAUGUGCAGGUCCUGAACAGGACUAAUGACAUGGCUCUGUUGUCUGUUCAGGGCCCCAAUAGCAGAGAUAUUUUGAAGAAAGUCUCUGAUGCUGAACUUAGCAAUGAUGCUUUUCCUAUUUCCACACACAAAGUUAUAAAAGUCGCCGGCCAUGCGGUUCGCGCUUUGAGGCUUUCAUUCGUCGGAGAAAUGGGUUGGGAACUGCAUAUGCCAAACUCGUCAGCCAUUCCAGUAUAUAAAGCGUUGAUGAAUGCCGGUGAAGCCUUUGGCCUUGUGAAUGCUGGUUACCGAGCUUUAGAGUCCCUAUCCUGCGAAAAGGGAUACCGUCACUGGCAUGCAGACGUACGCCUAGACGACACUCCACUAGAAGCAGGUCUCGGUUUCGUGUGCAAACUCAGGACCGACACCGGAUUUUUAGGCCGUAAGGCCAUAGAAGCUCAAAAGUCAGUUGGUAUUACGAAGAAACUAGCGACCUUCACCUUAAAUCAGUCUUCCAGACCUCUUUUUGGACUAGAGGGGAUCUGGCGGGACGGGAAACCUGUUGGAUUCAUCCGGAGAGCAGAGUAUGCUUUCUCAAUCCAGCGGUCUAUUGGCCAUGGUUAUGUCCAGAAAGCAGAUGGAACAUAUAUAACUAAAGACUUUCUGGAAACUGGGACCUGGACGAUAGAAUCCAUGGGUGAGAUGCUGGACGCCACGAUUCACACCCAGUCACCCUUUGAUCCUAAGGGCCUCAGACUAAGAGGAUACAGAGAUACUGAACAACAUUGAUGCCGUUCUUAUGAAGUAGUUUUUCUUUUUAAGGUGUUUGGGUGAGAUGAGACAUGGUAUUAUUUUUCUUAAAUCCAAAAUUCAUAAGGCAAAGUAUCAAUCCAUCUCUUCAGUUGAGUUUUCCCCUGAUUCUUUUUUUUUUCGAGCUCAAAUUUUCCUUUAACGUUGGCUGAUUGAAAAAGAAGAACAGUUAACAUCGUUACAGAAUCCACGACGAGGUGUUUGAAUUUAUGGGAAUAUACUGGGCAAAUUUCAAAAGGAAGGGCACAAACGCACAAGAACAGAUGGAAAUACACACGCAUAGGUAUAAAGAGAGCAGGGUUGCCGUUUUGAGGAAUUUCGUCUACUAGUGUGACUUUAUGGUGACAUCUGGCAACCCUCCUUGGGUUUUCCGACCACAGCCACGGCACUGAGGAAUAAAAAUCUUCACUUUGCCUUUUUAUGUUUCAUUAUGAAAAUUUAUAAAACAUAUCCUGCUUAUUUAUAGAAAUAAAUUUUAUUAAAUCCU